GACAGUUCAGGUGGACACAUAUGAACGAUUGGCAUAAGGAAUUUGUCAUAAAAUUGGUCUUCAUUACGGUAAAUACCUAUUCCAAAAAAUGCGCCGAUUGAACAUGUAGUCACGAAAGCUGUAGAUUUGAGCUUAUGCUGAAAAAAGAAUAAAAGUUAAGCGUCCAUUAAUGUAUUUGUCAAGCAGUUAGACGUUUGUUUGUCGACAGUCUACGUACGUAGACGAUAAUAUAACACUUUGUAAUAGAUAAACAUAGAGCAUUUUAACGAAAAAGUUCAAAGGGAAACAAUUGGAAAAUGUCAAGUUUUCAUAACGUGGUCAAUCGGCAAAAUCAACAUGCAACAGUCAGUUCAAUUUCGGUACAAAGUGCAUUGGAAAUGUAUUUAAUUGGAAAAAGGCCAAGUGGUAUUAUUAAUAAUCAUGAUUUGUUGGAAUAUGCACAAGCUCAACGGGAUCAAAUGGAUGACAUGAAUGGAACUUUUGGGAUAUUAAAACAUGACCAAAAAAUCGAACCAUCCAUUUUUGUAUUGGUGAAAAUUGAGAACGUCAUUUCUGUUCGAGACUUCCAUGCCAUUCAGGUUUGUGAUUUGGAAGAGAGAACCGAAUUUCAAAACGUACUCAAUCGUGCAUAUGAAGAGGACUGUGAGCCAAUUGAUAAUGUCAAAGUGAACGAUCUCUGUGUGGUACUACAUGAUUUCAAUUGGUGCCGUGCCGAGGUUAUUGGAACUGUCACUGAACGCAUUGGAAAGAUAAAAAAAAUUGUAUAUCUUUUGGAUUAUGGUCGAUCUAUUUAUACUAAAAAUCAAAAUUUGUAUUUGCUAAAGAAGCCACAUAAUUUGAUCAGGCCAUUUGCAAUCAAAUGUCAACUAUCAAUGAUGAACAAUGAAGAAGAGAUACGAAGUGAUAAUGAAUAUUCACUGUCCAAGCUGUUUGAAAACAUUACACAACAAACAAAUCAAUUUUUACUAUAUUUGAACCGGAUGGACGGUAACGUUUAUACUGAUGUUAUGCUGCUUACAGAAGAAGUCAACAUGACGACUUUCAACACAGUCUACAAUGCUUACAUGAUUCACGAAAAUUAUGGCGCAUUCGUUCGACCUAACGUGCAAUUCGAUGAUGAAAUUAGUGAAGGAUGGUCAAAAAAUAUUGUUCAAAUGAUCAAAGAGUGCACCAGUGAUCGCACAAAGAAAACCCAGGUGUUCAUUUGUCACAUCGUUUCUCCGGUUGAGAUAUAUGUGCGCUGUAGAGCAGCACAAGCAUUUAUGCUCAAGCUUCGACGAAUAAUUGACGCUUAUGCGAACAGCACAUCGGAUAAAAUUUAUCAUAAUAGUGAUGAAUUUUCGAUUGGAAUGGAUUGCUUGGUACGAUUACAAAAUUGGAAUACCGAAUGUAAUAUGAAGCAAUGGUAUCGCGGUCGCAUAUUUGAUAAGAAUGAGCAUGGAUUCAGAAUCUUUCUUCGUGAUUAUGGCCGAAGAGUUGAAGCCAUCGAUGUAAACGAUUUGAAAUCAAUACCAUUACCAUUAGCGUCACCCGCUAACGCCGUACAGAAAUGCUGUUUGAGCCUGGGUACAGAAAUGCUGUCUGAGUCCAGUACAAGUUUAUUGGAUGAAAUUGUUGGCGAAUAUGAAUAUUUUGCGAUUUCGGCUGUCUCAAAGAAACAAUCUGUUGAAGAAACGAAUCUCUGUGUUAUGCUGUGGGGAGCCACAGCCAACUAUUUGAAUAAUAAUAGUGCCGCUAUUGAUAUUUGGGACAAUCUUGGUCUGCUCGUUGUCAGUCGAUCGAUCAGAAAAUCUAUGGAAACAUUCAUCAAGAAGUCACAACGUCGUUACGAAAAAAUUCGGUCCAACGGAUUUCAAUUCAAUACGGAUAGCAAUGUCUCCGAGUUUUCUGAUGAAUACGAUAGUCUUGAAGAAUACGAUAAUCUCGAUGAUGCCAAUAAUGAAGUAAUGAAGGAUUUUUUCUCGGUUUCCGAAUGGCUUACCCGACCACUUCAAAAUAUUCAUAUAUUUAAUGGGCUUGUGACACACAUCAAUGAUAAUGGAAUAAUUUAUUUACAACAAGAGUCGGAUGUUGACAUUGCAUACCAGCUGGAACAAUCGAUAUAUAAUCAUGUGAAGAUGAAUAAUUUCAACCGACAAAAUCAUAAUUGGCAAGAAGGUGUGCCAUGUUUCUCUGAGUUUGAAGGCACUGGCUUCCAUCGGGCAGUCAUCAAGACAAUCAAUCGUGAAGAGGGGCUAUGCUUAAUAAAGUAUAUCGACUACGGUGAUAAAGCUGUAAAGAGGUUAGACGACUUAUUUCCAGCCACCAAUUUUGGUGAUAUUCCUGUUUUGGCACAUACAUUUUUCAUCCCUACUCUGGUGCCUGCUGACAAAUCUGGCCGAUGGUGUGCAGCUGUUAUGACAGAAUUUAGAUUAAGACUUCAAAAUGAAAUGUGCACCAUUUCUAUUGUGCAAGACGCAAGACGAGAACACAAAAACCAAAAAACUUUGCCAUGCUCUAUUGAACCACACAUUCUUCCCUGUGACAUACACAAAUGGCUUUUGAAAAAAAAGUUCGGGUACAAAACUGGAUUCAACGAAAAUGGUCAAGAUAUAUUGUUUAUAUAAUAAAAUGUCUCUGAUGAAAUCUUGUAAUAACUUACAGCCAAUGACAUUUUCGUUUUCAUUUUUGUAUCAAAGAGCACUCGAAUGAAAUAAAAACCGUAAAUUUGCAA